UAUUCUUCCUCAACUUGGCUUUCCAAAGGGACCUUGCUGCACCCCAACACUCUCUUGCCCGUGGCUGCCUUUUCCCAGGCCAAGAGUUCUGGAACCUCUGGGCCUCUAUGACUUCAGCAGGCCAGGAUCUGCAUCUGUCAGAGGCUGGGCUGUCUGAAUGUGCUUUGCCUUCCUCGGGGUUCUAAAUCAAUGAAGCAGCCAACUGCAGAGGGGCAGAAAGAGGAUGAGCUGGAAGGAUCCAUUCAUAACUAUCACCUUCCCAAGCAAAGUCAUCUACACCAUUGGCUCUAUCCUUAUGCUCAUCAUUCACACAGGUGUUCUCAUUGGUGACCUGUAUCACUUCUUCGUCUCCCAAAGGGGGGACCUCAUGAGCUUCCAUUUUACCGUAGUGCUAUUGUCCUCACAUACAACCAGCUUCUACUGGGCACUGCUGGCAGCGAUCUACACUUUACAAGCAGACGACGAUGUGCUGAUGUACAUUGCCAUGACAUCUUUCGCCCUGAACUUUGCCGCCUUCCUUGCCCGCUUCAGCAUGGACUAUGCCACCAUUGAUUACAGAGAGGAACAGUACUAAGCAGCGAUUCUCAAAGGGGGGGGCAC